AUGUCGUGGGUAUGCCUGCUGGUGCAGGUUAUAUUGAUGCAACUUUCAAUCAAUUUGGGAUUCGGAAGGCACAUAUUGGAUAUGGACUACAAAAACUUGAAUUCGAUCACAUACCUUGGCGCGUCCGCCCUCACCGCAUCGAUUGUGGCUAUCAAUGCGAGCAAAAUUUCCUUUGCUGUUACUCUCAUUCCUUUGACUUCUGGAUUCUAUAGGGGAUUCAUCUGGUUCUCCAUCACGACUCUCAUACUGUUUGCUAUUCCCGUCACUGUCCUGCCUUGGGUGCAGUGCAGGCCGCUCGCCAAAACCUUUGUCGACUUUUACCCCGGCACAUGUAUUGAUAAAACAAUAUCCUUGAAAUAUGGUAUCUUCCAAGCUGCUUGGGCGGCAUUCAUGGAUUUUUCACUGGCACUUCUUCCGUGGAAAAUUCUAUGGGGUGUUCAGAUGCGCACCGUUGAGAAACUCGGUGUAUGCUGUGCGAUGAGUCUCGGAUUCCUCGCUGGUGCGACAGCCAUUGCCAGGAGCAUCUACAUCAUCCAACUGACGACCCAAGAUAUUUCCUACAAUGCGGUACAAUCCGUUAUAUGGUCAGCGACAGAGUCAGCAGUCACAAUUAUCGCCGCAUCGAUCCCGAUCCUUCGAAAGUUUCUCAAAGAAAAGAUCAGCUCCUUUGGUAGCUAUGUGGGCGGAUAUGGCUCAUCAGGGAAGAGCAGGCGUACAGCACAAUCAGCCGGCAACAGUGAGGCCAGGCGGGGCAGCGUACCGCUAUCCAGGAUCUCUAUCAAACCCGACAUGCCAAAAAUGGAUACACAACGGCGGAUGUCGCAAGAAGGCACAGACGACGAGAGUAGUCGGAGUAUCUUGCACGAUGGCUCGCUGCCAGGUCAGGCAUAUACGACUCGAGAAUUUCCGGAAGAUAAAGCCUUUGCAUAA